AUGUUGUUGUUGUAUCCCUCCGCUACAGUCGCACUAGGAAUAACAGCCGUGGCGAGCUAAAGCAGCGUCUGCGUUGGUGUAUCAGCGAUCCGAGUCGUCUUUUUGAGCUAACAGCUGCCGUACAACCUACCCGGAGUGACCGACGUGUCGUCUGUCAUCUCUUAACGAUGAAGUUUCAGUACAAAGAGGAGCAUCCGUUUGAGAAGAGGAGGUCCGAGGGAGAGAAAAUAAGGAAGAAGUAUCCCGACAGGGUCCCUGUAAUUGUGGAGAAAGCACCCAAAGCCAGAAUAGGAGACCUGGACAAGAAGAAAUAUCUUGUCCCUUCUGACUUGACAGUGGGUCAGUUUUACUUCUUAAUCCGCAAAAGAAUCCACUUGCGAGCAGAGGAUGCUCUCUUCUUCUUUGUAAACAACGUCAUUCCGCCCACCUCAGCUACCAUGGGACUGUUGUACCAGGAGCACCACGAGGAGGACUUUUUCCUCUACAUUGCCUACAGUGACGAGAGCGUGUAUGGGAACAGCCAAAGGGAAAUCUGAUCCCCCCCAACCACCACCCACCUUUCUGAGACCUCUGUCUUUCAGCCAUUUGAAUAUUAAAUCCAGUUCCGCAGCUUAGAGUUCCCCACAGUAAACCCAUCUAAUGCACUUUCAUCUCAACUCUACAUCACCUCUCUCUCAGUCGUCUGGUCUUUAUCGUUCUGCAGUCUGAAUUGUAUUCAGUAACUCUUCUCACCUGGUGGUCUCAAGGCCAGUUAUGUUUCUAGUGCCGUUAUCGGCCGAUGAGAAGGAAAAUUAAAUCAGUUAUUAAUGGUGCAAAACUUAAUAAUUAGGUGUGCAGUUUUAGAAUGAUUUAGAAUAGGAAAUUAUUACUUCUGAAUUAAAGGCUUGUAGUUUUGUCUCUGGCAGGGGAAGGGAUAACUUUUGCAGCAGCUGCUUCUUAGGAAAAAACUUUUUAUUUUUGGAAGACAUCUAUUUAAUUAAAUAAAAUCUACAAUGUGGUGCCCUGCAUCUGAUCUCAGCAAGGAGUUCAGUAGAAUUCAGACUUCACACGAUCAUGCUCUGCUCUCAGUGGUAAAGUUAUGUUGACUGCUACUAUGAUUAUUGUUGUAAUUGUUCAUUUUAGAUGGCUUAUUUUCUAAAGGUAUUGUAAAGCUGAGUGCAAUUUUUUUAAAGUUUGUUUUCUUUAAUAACAGAUUGAACUCUGUAUACAGCUGCUUUACUGGCUCUCUCUCUCCAUUCAAUGCCGUACUUGAUAAAAUGUUAUUAGAAAUCUA